GCGUGGUCAAGGCCAAACUGGCCCUGGUCUACCCGCGUGGCCUGCCGGAGGAGGAGCUGCGGCGCAUCACCUCGCUGGUGUACCUGUACUCCCUCGCCGAGAUCCGCCAGUGGAACAUCACGUCCAGGGACACGGUCGUGGCCCUCUUGGCCUCGGAUGUGGCCCUGGACAACCAGACCGAGGCCGUGCUGCAGAAGUUCCUGGACCACAAUGGCACCCUGACCGGCGCGCUGCUGGUGGCCAUCGGGGGCUCCCGCCUCUGCUGGAUGAGCCCCCAGCAAAUCCAGACCAUCCGGCCCUCAGAGUUCCGGUUGGCGGGGCCACUGGACAUCUCUGCCUGCCCCCAGAGCCGGAAAAACGUGCUCUUUGCCAAGGCCCGAGAGGCCUUCGGCGGCACCAGGACCACAGCUGCCUACUACCGCCUCAUGCGCCCCUACUUAGGCGGCGCCCCUGUGGAGGAGCUGUGGCAGCUGGCCCAGGCCAAUGUCACCCUGGACAUCGACACCUUCACCAACCUGAACCCCCAAGUGUUGCAGAACCUGAGCUUGAACAACGUGACCAGACUCCUGGGCCAGAACGUGGGGGACCUGCAGAGGGCACGCAGCCACCCGGCUGUCAGCUCCUGGCUCAGCAGCCUCAACACCACGGCCCUGGGCCAGCUGGGCAUCGACAAUGACCUCGCAGGGCCCGCUGACCCUGGCCACGCCCCCGGCGGGACGCCCCCCAUGAUGCCCCUGGCUCUCCAGCUCGCCCCCACCGCAGGCCUGCCAGGGAACAUCAUCGGGGAGGAGGCCAGCUCAGGGCCCGGCCGGGCCCACACUAGGGACCUGAUGUCGCAGCUGUUCUUUGAGAAAGAACAAGUGAGACCCACAACUAACGGGGAGAAGCAGUAA